AAUUCAUGUAUUUAGGAGGAGACUGUCAUUUUAAGGUUGUUCUCUCUAAUCCUGGGAAAUCAGAAGGAAAGAUUGAAGAAGAAAAAACCUGUGCUUUACCUUGAUCUUUGAAGGCUACUUGGUAUGGGAGUUGUGACCGUUUCAAGCUCGGCAGCACGAACUCCUUUUCGGCUAGGUGGAAAAUUUUCCAAUAACAUUUCUGCAUUGAAAAGACCAUCGAUUGUCGCUUUUAAAGUAGAUAAGCACACGAACACUACUUUGGUCUCACCCCACGAGCAAGUAACCCUGCCUGUGGAGAGUAACAACAGAAACCAGAAAAGAACAGGAAAAAGUAGCAAAUCUCUAAAGAGAGUUAAAGCUGUCUUGAUCGAUGAAGCUACUCCCUGUACUUCGGAUGUGGAUUACAAUGAGGCUGCUGCUAAACUUGAAAACAUUUUCAAGCUUAGCCCUGUGACAGAGGAUACUGAUAUGGAAAAUGAAGAUGGCAGACCGAAAAGAGGACAGCAAAGGAGGAAAAAGUUAGGCAAGAGACCAUGUGAUGGUGUAGUCAGGAACCAGACUAAGAGGAUUAAGCGACUCGAUCUCGACAAGAGGAUAGCAUUGAAAAGUAACAAGGAAGGCAAAUCAGCUCCUUCAUUAAGUAAACAAAAAGAGACCAAAAGUGAAGCUGAUGAGAUUGAUGAUCUUGUAAGAAACUACUCUGCUUCUACUGAUUUGGUUAGUUUAGACUGGAAAAAGAUGAAGAUUCCUCCAGUUCUUCCUUCAUCAGAGCAUACCCGUUUGUUCAAGUUGGUUCAACCAAUGAAGGCACUUAUUCAAGCACAAGAAGAACUGCAGAAAGGGUUGGGAAGAGAACCAACUGAAGGAGAAUUGGCCAAUGCGACAAAUAUGAAUGUAAUUCAAGUAAGGAGACAGUUGGAGGUUGGUCGUGCUGCCCGAAACAAACUCAUCAAGCAUAAUCUCCGCCUUGUAUUAUUUGUGAUCAACAAAUACUUUGAAGAUUUUGCAAGUGGCCCAAAAUUUCAAGACCUUUGUCAAGCAGGAGUCAAGGGACUCAUUACAGCGAUUGAUCGCUUUGAGCCUAAGAGGAGAUUCCGCCUAUCAACUUAUGCUUUAUUUUGGAUAAGGCAUGCUAUUAUUCGGUCAAUGACUCUCUCAAGCUUCACACGUGUCUCAUUUGGACUCGACUCGGUAAGAGUUGAAAUUCAAAGAGCUAAACUUGAGUUAUUAUGUGAGCUUCAUAGAUUGCCAACAGAGCAAGAGGUAAUCGCAAAAGUUGGCAUCUCACCUGAGAGGUACCUAGAAGUAAUGAGGGCUACAAAACCAGUUUACUCUCUCCAUUCUAGGCACUCAACUACAUCAGAAGAGUUUAUCAGUGGGAUCGCUGAUGUAGAAGGUACUGGAGGCGACAACCGGAGGCAAUCAGCUCUUCUGAGGCUUGCUCUCGACGAUGUGCUUGAUUCUCUUAAGCCGAAAGAGAGUUUGGUGAUCCGACAAAGAUACGGUCUUGAUGGCAAAGGAAACCGAACAUUAGGUGAGAUAGCCGGAAAUCUAAAUAUUUCAAGGGAAAUGGUUCGAAAGCAUGAAGUGAAAGCUCUCAUGAAGCUCAAGCAUCCUGCAAGAGUGGAUUACCUUCGUCGGUAUUUAAUCUGAACUGAUGAGAACAUCAAGCUUUGUUUCAAUGAUCUUGUACUCCGGAUUAUUUCCUAUCGCCAAAACAUCUCAAGGGGCAAGAGAUUUGUACCAUAUAUUUGUAACUACUUGAACAUAGAAACCUCACCCCAUAUGAUUCUUAUUUUUAAGGACAUACAAUUGGCAGCUCUGCAACUUUCUUUGUAGGAAGAAGGCAGUUUUAUAGGAGAAGAAUAGCAACUAAAAGACAGGAAUGGUUAUACCCCCUCUUGUAUACAUACUAUGUGAUAUAAAUAAAUUAUACUGUUUAUAAAUUUCAA